AUGUUCUCCUCAUUUCGAAAGGGUCCCGAUGACCCCAUGUACUUUCUAAAGCGUGCGGCCGACCAGGAUACGUCCCCCGAUAGGGUUGAUCUUGGCGUUGGUAUCUACAGAAACGAAAGUGGCCUCUACAGUCAGCUCGGCUCUGUCGCAAAGGCAAAGACAAUCUUGACUGAGAAUGAUCCUGGUCAUGACUAUGAGAUCACAAUAGGAAACCAGCGGUUCUUGAACCAUGCUGCCCGUCUUUUGUUCGGACAAGACUGCGAGCUCCUGCAGUCUGGCAGCAUCGCGUCAGUUCAGACCAUCUCUGGUACGGGAGCCAACCACCUCGCUGCUCUAGCCCUGAGCCAAUCCAUCUCUCCCCGUCCACAAGUCUACAUCGGCACCCCUACCUGGGGUAACUAUAAGCCAAUGUUCGAACUCGUCGGCCUUGAAGUGAUUGAAUACCCAUACUUCGACUUCCAGACACGAACCAUCGACUUCUCCUCCAUCAUCUCAGCAGCGCUAACUGCACCCCCCCGAAGCGUCUUCAUCCUGCAAGCCUGUUGUCAUAACCCUACAGGUGCCGACCCCACGAGAGAACAGUGGAAAGAACUUGGUGCGGUGCUGAAAGAAUACUGUCACUUUGUCUUUUUUGACAUUGCGUAUCAAGGAUUGGGUGAUGGCAUUGAGGAGGAUGCUUAUGCAAUCAGGCAUUUCGCCACCUUGGGCCUUGACAUGUUUGUAUGCCAAUCGUUCUCUAAGAACUUUGCUUUGUAUGGCGAACGAUGCGGUGCCCUACAUGCUGUAUGCUCAAGCCCCGAGACAGCAGCAGUGGUUCAAGAUCGACUCCGAUGCUUAAUACGCUGGGAGUUUUCGUCUUCUCCUGCAUAUGGUAGCCGCUUGGCCACUAUGGUAUUGGAAUCUGAUCAGCUCACUACUGAGUGGGUUGAAGAGCUGUGCGCGAUGCAGCAUCGGCUGAAGGAUCUCCGCAAACAAUUGCAUCACAGAUUGACUCAAGUCUUGAAGACACCGGGAGAUUGGGACCAUAUUUUGAGAGAGAAUGGGCUCUUCUCAUACCUGGACCUUAGUCCUCAACAGUGCCAGAAACUCAUCGACCAGCAUCAUAUCUAUCUUCCUCCCAACGGCCGAAUUAAUAUUUCAGGCCUCAACCAGAGUAACAUCAAGAGAGUGGCGGAAUCAAUAGAUGAGAGCAUACGUGAGAAGACCGGGCUGGGCAUGCAGACAAGGGCAGCUCUUUAA